ACAGAGAGAUAAAAGAAAAUGAUAGAAAAAUCUUUGUUCAAAAUGGCAAAAUAUGAUUUGCCUUUUAGGCCAAUACAAACUUGAAAAUUAUCAAAUCAAAUCAUUGAACCAAAAUCAAAGGGAAACGACCUUUCAACCGACAAACAACAAGUUAUUCCCGCAAAUUUCUUAUCUUUGACCUCACUCUCUCUUCCUCAUCAUUAUUAUUCUUAAAUAUAAAGCAAAACCCACUUCAAGAAAGCUAUCAGAUUGGCGUUCUUGAAUAGAUAUUUCAAAAAAAAAAAAAAAUGGGUGUUUUUUCUGGUCAUUGGCCUUCUCAAUCAGAGUUGGAUAACAUACGAAAGAAAGUGGCUGAAUUGUCUGGUAGAGAUGCUCAGGAGGUCAGGGUGGUUGUAUCACCUUACAGGAUUUGUCCAUUGGGCGCUCACAUUGAUCAUCAGGGUGGAACUGUUUCAGCUAUGACAAUCAAUAAGGGUAUACUACUUGGUUUUGUUCCCUCUGAUGACACCCAGGUUAUAUUGCAAUCUGGGCAAUUUAAAGGAGAAGUUCGGUUCAGAGUAGAUGAAGUUCAGCUUCCUAAGCAUAUGACCAAUACAAAUGGUUUAAAUGAACAAAUGGAGUUAUCCAAACCUCUGGAAGAAUGUAAAUGGGGUAACUAUGCUAGAGGAGCAUUAUACGCCCUGCAAAGCAGAGGAAAUCACCUGGAAAAGGGUAUCACUGGAUUUAUCUGUGGUUCUGAAGGUCUUGACAGUUCAGGUCUCAGCUCUUCUGCCGCUGUUGGUAUAGCAUAUCUUUUGGCUUUUGAAAGUGCGAAUGGUCUUGUAGUGUGCCCGACAGAAAAUAUUGAAUAUGAUAGACUGAUUGAGAACGAAUAUUUAGGUCUGAAAAAUGGGAUAUUGGAUCAGUCUGCAAUAUUGUUAUCAAGCUAUGGCUGUUUGACCUGCAUGAAUUGCAAGAAAACUCUUGACAAUAAUAAUAGACCACAUGUGCAGACCAUAAAUCACAAACUGAUACCAUCUCCAAAGGUGCAAAAUAAUCAUGAAGGAGAGUUAGGUAAUGCAUUCAAGCUAUUGCUGGCCUUUUCAGGUCUGAAACAGGCAUUGACAACAAAUCCCGGAUAUAAUAGGCGAGUUGCGGAGUGUCAAGAGGCUGCACAAAUUCUGCUGCAAGCUUCGGGGAAUGAAGAGGAGGAACCUGUUCUAUCAAACGUUAAGCCAGAAGUUUUUGAAGCCCAUAAGAGCAAAUUAGAACCCAACCUUGCUAAACGAGCAGAGCAUUAUUUCUCUGAAAAUGAGAGAGUUCAGAAAGGACUUGAGGCUUGGGCUUCCGGAAACCUUAAAGAAUUCGGAGAGCUUAUUACAGCUUCUGGUCUAAGUUCUAUUCAAAACUAUGAAUGUGGUUGUGAACCACUUAUACAGCUAUAUGAGGUUCUUCUAAAGGCUCCUGGUGUACUUGGGGCACGGUUCAGUGGUGCGGGAUUCCGAGGUUGCUGUCUUGCAUUUGUAGAUGCAGAUAGAGCGGAAGAAGCCGCAACGUUUGUCAAGGACGAGUACUGUAAGCUCCAGCCUGAGUUAGCAAGCCAUCUCAACCAAGGACCGGCUGUAUUGAUAUGCGAUGCAGGUGACUCUGCACGCGUGAUCAGCAACACUUUGAGUUAGCUAAACGAGUAAACGUACGCAGGUUCCUAUUUCUAGCUCCACGAUAUUCCAUUUUUUGAAUCUAUUCUUCUCAGAUGAUUUGUAUUGUUGUACCAUGUUGGUUCCCUAUUAUUUUAUUUUCCACAUUGAUUUCUUGUAUAUUAAUUUGGACGCUGGAGAAGGAUUCCAUCAAUAAAUUGUAUUGGUUUCCAUUGCUGAA